CGUUAGGUUGUCUGAAUCUGUGCUGUAGAAGAGCGUAUAAGAUUUUCAAAGCCCGUCCUCUUACCACUUAAGCUCCAAAGUAAACCUUUUUCCUUCAUUUUCAACAAUUUUAUUGGCCACUUUCCGGGAAAAAAAUCCAGAUCAGAUUUAAUUGGUUGAGAUCCAAUGGAAAACAAGGAAGAUGAGGGUUUAUGUCAUAGCCUUUCUAGGAAAGAGCUUCAAAGUUUGUGUAAGAAGUAUGGUUUACCGGCUAACAGGUCCCAUUCUGAUAUGGCUAAAUCAUUGGCAUCUUAUCUAGAGAACCAGAGAUUGGUUUCAAUGACAUCGGGGGAAAGAUUAUAUGGAAUUCAAGAGGCUGGACAUCCUUUGUCCCUGAAACUACAACUGCAACCUGGAGCAUCAUUAAACACUUUAAGGGAUGCUGGAAAAGAUCACUAUGGACUCAUCUCUUGUCCCCUAGACAGGUGUAAUGGAGGGAACUAUUCUCAAGCUGUUCAAUGUAAUGCAUUGGGUUGUUGCACAGGGGAUAAAUUUUAUCAUAAGGACGGUGGUGGUGGUGGCUCUAUUUUGUUCCAGCAAAGACCACAUUCUCAUUUUGUUAGUCAGUAUGAUGACAGUGGUUUUAAGAAUAAAGAGUUCCAAACUAUAAGCUCCAAUAGAGAUUGUUUGAGUCUCUCGAGAGAUAGAAGGAUGAAUGAUAUGCCUCAAAUUGGACAUGAAGACACGGGUGUUGCUGCAUGUUUUGAUGGGCCUUUCUUUCCUUCUUCCAUAAACACUUCAACUGUUUCCCCCCCUUCUUUUCAGUUUCAUGUCAGUUCAGAAGAGGGGAUCAACCUUUAUGUUGAUUUAAAUUCAAACCCAUCAGAGUGGAUUGAGAAACUGAAAAGUGAGGUUUCAAUAUGCCAGGACAUGUCCCAUUGCAAGUCUAAGACUUCUCCUAAGGAGCUUGGGCGCUUUGGGGAAAGUAGUAAACAGAUGGAGAGAUCUUUUCAGUUGAAUGUAGAUACUGGGGAAAUGAAAGAUGACUUUAUACACUCUGGAUUACCCCCAAAUUUGAUCAUAAAAGAAACAAGUUCAUUGCAGUUUGAUCAUCCUGAUGGAGAUAAUGGAUCCUUUGACUCAGCUGUAAUGGUACCAUGUGGCAGAGCUGUAGAUUUGUCAGAGCAUUUAGAAGGAGAUCGAGGACUGACCUUAGUUAGAGCUCAUCCUGAUUCUCAGGAGCAAAUAAUUUCUGCUAUUGCACCAUGUGCUAAAGAUAAGUGUUUGGUAGCCCCUAAUUCAAAUAUUAAUUCUCUUAGGGAGAAGUUAGGUGGUGAUGCUGCAUUAAAUAUAUCAAAUGGUCCUCUGAGUCUUCUGAGGAAGGAAAAUGAAAUAUGUGAAAAUUCUACCCUACAAAGCAGUUGUCAUCUUGUAAGUUCUGGUCGAAUGGUUCCUGGAUGCCAGCCAGAUGGUUCAUUACUGAUGCAAAAGCCUGAAGAUGUGGUUCACCAGAAAGAUGCAUUAUAUUCGCCUGGUGAUAAUGGUGAAUUUGUGGAUUUAGUUGAUCCAAAGCAUAAGUUUUAUGCAGACCAAGGUGGGCUAGCAGGCUCAACUGAUCUCAAUCAAGAGACUUUUAGGACCCGGCUGCCUACAUUAGUUGAAGAACAGGAUAAGAGCAAAAUUAAUAAUUGGGGAGAGAGUUCAGAAUGCUCACAAGAUGAGUUAUUUGAAAAUUGUAGAGGACUUGAUAAUGUUGAAUCUAAUGGACUCGGCAAAAAGAGGGCAUGUAUAGAUGGCGAUAAAAAUGACUGUAGCAUGCUUGAUGCCAAGAUUUUAAGAAGCACAAAGCAUUUGAUUAAGGUCCUCCCCAGAAGAUCCAUGCGGCUGAUUUCCAAGUGAGUUUAUGAAGUACGUGCUGGCCAUGUUCCGAGUAUUGUUUCAGCUCACAUUAGAUUCAUUAUUGCAAAGCUGAGUAUUGUCUAUAUAGUUCAUUCAUUCUUAGGAAAACAGGUUUUCUCAGACAUAAUAAUAGAGUGAUACGGUAUAUCAUUCAACUUGCUGCCUUCUUAUUUUGUAUUUUAAACAAUUUUAAAAGCAAAUUGUAUUUUCUUGAAAAUUUGAUACAAAAAUAAAGAUCAUCUGUCGUCGCCGCUUUUCUUCUUGUGGUUAAGUUAGUUCAACGUUGGAGUAAAUAUAAUUAUGGAUAUAUACGACAUUGUUAUGUUCAA